GGCUUAUCGCGCUCGUCUCGGGAUCGGUCCGUCAUUUUUGGAGUCGUGACGGCGUUUCUUCCCCUCCCGAAAAAUCCUCCGGACGGCAUCUCGCGGAAUGAGUCCCAAACGGGUCGUCUUCAAGAAAGUCUCCAGGGACAAGUCGGUGGCCAUCUACAUGGCCAACCGAGACUUUGUGGACCACUGCGACCACGUCGAUCCAGUAGAUGGCGUGAUCGUCGUCGACCCUUCGCAGCUGAAGGGCAAACGAGUCUACGUGAUGUUGACGUGCACCUUCCGUUACGGGCGGCGCGGCGACGAGGUGAUGGGCGUGGCCUUCCGGCGCGACCUGUUCGCGGUGACCCGCCAGGUGUAUCCGCCGCUGAUGGACAAGGAGCGGCAGACCCGCGGCAAAAUUCAGGAGAAGCUGCUGAGCAAGCUGGGCCCCGACGCCUACCCUUUCUUCCUGGAGCUUCCGGACAACCUGCCCAACUCGGUCACGCUGCAGCCCGGGCCGUCGGACGUGGGAAAGAAAUGCGCGGUGGAGUUCCAGGUCAAAGCCUUCGGCGCGGGCGCUCCGCAACAGCAGGCCGCCGCUGACAAACUGAGCCAGGUGGGGCUCACCAUUCGCAAGAUCCAGUACGGCCACGGUCCCGCCCGGGACGCGGAGAUGUCGCCGACGGCCGAGACCACCUUCGAAUUUCUCAUGUCGGACGGGCCGCUUCGCCUCAAACUCCGUCUGCCCAAAGAGACAUUUUACCACGGCGAGCCGGUCCGCGCCGACGUGUCCGUCGACAACUCCUCCAACAGGACCGUGAAGGACGUCAGCUUGUCAGCGGAGCAGGUGACCAACGUCAUUCUCUACUCGGACGACAAAUACGUCAAGACGGUGGCCAAAGAGGAAACCGGUGACGGCGCGGCGCCGGGUUCCAGCUGGAUCAAGUCGUACACCUUGUACCCGCGUCUGGAGCACAACAAGGAGCGGCGAGGACUGGCUCUGGACGGACACCUCAAGCACCAAGACACCAACUUGGCCUCCUCCAGCGUGGUGAAGCCGGAGGUGCUGAAGGAGCUUCAAGGCAUGUUGGUGUCCUACAAGCUGCUCUUGAAGAUGACGGCCGCGGGGCCUUUGGGAUCCAGCGAAGUGUGCGUGGAGCUUCCUUUCAAACUGAUGCAUCCUAAACCCCAAGCAGCCAAGGAAGAGAGCGAGUGCGACGACAUCACCUUCCAGGAUUUCAAACGCGCUUAUCUCCGCGGGGUCAUCGGAGACGACGACGAGGAGGAGGAGGACGACGCUUAAAGGGGCCGGAUAGGGCCAUCCCGCUUGAUUGGCAGCUUGAAAAGCAUAGGCUAAAGCUCGAAUCACUUCAAUGUAGUUACUUGUCACUAAACUCCAGCGACUCAGAAAAAGGUUUGUUGAUAUUCACCGUUGCUCAAAAUGGUUUGUCGGGAUUGCUUUUACUUUGAAAAACAGCGUGAGCUAGGUUUGCUGAUUUUCUCACCAUAAAUAAAACUUGGGGGAAAAAAAUCAUUUGGUUUCAUUGAUCAAUUUGAAUGUUUUUGGGCCUGUUAUUUCCACGCCUUCUUUGAAAAACUUGAAAAUGCCAUUUUUGAGGAAAUACUCUUGUCUGUAAACUUCCUGUUUAUUUUGGGUCACUUCUUGGUGAUCUGGUGCAUUUUCAAGUCACUUUCUGUUAAUCUUAGGUCAUUGCUUGUUGUUCUGUGGGCAUAUGUCUCACUUCCUCUUCAUUUUGGGUCACGUCCUGUUUAAUUUGGGUGGCUUCCUGGUGUCUUGGGUGACGUACAGGGCCGGCCCAGGCCAUUUGGGGGCCCUAAGCUAAAUAAUGCAAAGGGCCCCAUAUUUUUGGCCCACCAUUUCGUCACAGUGUACUGUGAAACCCAUACAUGCAAUCCAACCCCUACGUCCAUAUUUUGUAUCUUAAUCAGAUUUUGUUGCACUGCAUACUUCAAACUUCUCACCCCAAAUGAUUGUCAGUACUUACAGUAGAUAGCACCAAACCUUUUUCUAAAAGAGGAAAGAAAAAAGUUAAGGAAGAACUUUUAUUUUUUUUAAGCUUGUAAUCAAGUCUCAAAACUCACAAGUCAAAUAAAGCAAACUGUAGUAAACAAAAUAGAACACAAAUUAAACAAUUGCCAGAUUGGGGGCCCCCUGGUGGUCAGGGGCCCUAUGCAGCUGCAUAUUCUGCAUAUAGGCUGGGCCGGCCCUAGUGACGUUCACUUGAUUUUUGGGCAUUUCAGGGUCACUUCCGGUUCAUUUUUGUUACUUCCUGUUUAUUUUGGGUCACAUCCUAGUAUCUCGGGUAACUUCCGCUUAAUUACGUUGAAUAUCUAGGUGACUUCUUGUUGAUUUUGGGACACUACCAUGAGGAAUGAACCGUUUUUGGACCUCGAUAGAACUCUAGAAGUGGAUCUUUUCAAAAAUUCUUCAUAUUGAACUUCAACUCGUUUUUCAAGGCGAUGAAUCGGGCGGGCUUUCGUCGCCCCAGCUAUAGCCGGACGGGGGCGGAACGGGCUCGGGCGCGGGGCCCCUGAGGAAGGCCAGGUUACAGUCGUCGGGAUAGAGCAGGAAGCCCGAGAAAGUGCUGGCCUCCUCGCCGCCGGCGUACAUGCCGUUGGACAGCUCGUCCUUGACCAGGAGCCAGACGCGGUCGCCCCGGACCAGGUGCAGGACCAGCGAGUGAGUGGCGGUCCCCGACGCGUCGGGGUGGGUGGUCUUGACCACAGAACGGAAGUUGCGAAAGAACCCAACCUUCAGGACGCGCCCGCGGACGCUCAAGUGGUAGCUGAAGACGUACGUGCCGUUGGCGGGCGCCGCGUAGAUGCCGGUGGCGGGGUCGUAACUCCCCUGGACGUUGUAGAGCACCUCGGCGAAGGCCACCGGCAUCCGCGGCGGAGGGUAGCUGGAGGCCAGCCCGGCGGCGAAGGCCGACCGCACGCUCGGCACGCAGGGACCCGGCAGGCCCGGAAAGCCCGCGUACCCCGGCUCGCCUUUAUCUCCCGGUUCGCCCCUUUGUCCCGGAGGCCCCGUCUGGCCCCGGUCCCCUUUGGCGCCGUCCGCGCAAUCGCACUCCCCCUGUGGGCCGGUCUCUCCUUUGGGGCCCGCCCCGCCGGGCAGUCCGGGAGCACCCGCGUCCCCCUUGAGACCGCGGGAGCCCGGCGGUCCGGCCGCUCCCGGCGGGCCUCUGGGCCCGGCGGCGCCCGGCGGUCCCGGGUCACCUGGGGGGGCGUCGCAGACUUCCGGACAGACGCCGUCGUCGCCCUUGGGUCCCGGCUCGCCCGGGAGCCCUUCGAAACCUGGCUCUCCUUUCUCACCUGUGCAGACAUUUUUUUUUUAAUUAUUGUAAAAAAAUGAAAUUAUAAAAGGUCAUUGGAAAAUAACCAAAUUAAUUAAAAAAAAACAGUGACGUCCCUACAAUAAAAUGAUAAUAAUUUUUUUUUUUUUUUAAUAGUUGUAAAAUACUUAUAAUAAUUUAACAUAAAUAAAUAAAAAAGAAAAAUAGAAUAAAGAUAAUAGGAAAAUAACAAUUACAUUCACCAAAAAUAAAGAGCCUGAAAAGAAGACCUGAUUGCCUAUACAUUAAAAUAAAUACUAACUAUUAUAUAUAUAUAUAUAUAUAGUAGUGAUGCACGAUAAUGCAUUUUUCAACCGAUACCGAUAAUUUCCUCCUCAUUCCAACCGAUAACCGAUAAUGUCAAGCCGAUAAUUCUAUUAAAAGAUUUAUGUAAAAUUUUAAACAAAAGAAAAUAUUACUGUGCAAAAAUAUAAUUUAUUGCUCUUUUUUUUUCAACACAAUGUAUGAACAAGUCGUCAAUUCAAACAUCUAAAUAAUGACAGAUUGUCUGACAUUGUGUAAUGGUAAACCUUUGGCAACAAUUACUUACAGAGUAAAUACCUAAGUUGCACAAAAAUGCGUUUAAAAGUAAGCCAUUCCUAACAUAUAUAACAUUAAUCCGCUGCAAAACACACCUCCUUAAAACUAGUCAGUUUUAAGUGUAAAUCUGUUGGCAAUAAGUGAAAUGAUCUGCCAUCGCUUCAAGUGUAUUUCUCUCCGAUUUCUUGGAAGAAAAAUAGCUAGCUGAAAAUAAUCUUAACAGCCUUGUUUUAAGCAAUACAUUACUAUACUUAAUCCUGAAAAAAAAAAAAAAAAAACUUGAAGAAGGAAAGAUUUUGAAUAAUAUUUGUGGCUACAGAAUAUUGAUUUAAGAAUUUGAUUAUCUACUGUGACUGUAAUUGAGCAAAGAAAUAAGUUAAAUAAUUUGAAAAGUGAUUGCUAAUGUUAUAUGCUUUGUUGCACACUGUGAAAAUGAUUACCUCAAAAGAGCGAGAUGUCAUGUACCCAUUCUGCAGCGCUUUGUUUACAUUUGCGGCUUUCACGACAUUUGCGUUACAGCAGCUAAACUGCUACACGGCAGUACUAUUUGGACGGAGUUGGCGCUCGCAUCCGUGUGCGUGUUGUUUUGUGCCUGAGUUUUAUUAAGCCGAAAAUAAAGGCAGCGUUACAAAGUCACCUGACCGCUCGUCAUUUCACAUUCUGAAUGCAUUAUUGACUGGCUGACUUCGUUUUCUCCAUGUUUAAAUGAUCUUAUAACCACUGUGCCGUCAUGAUAAGCUUGCUUACCGGACAUCACUUUUUCAUGAAGAAUGGUGGUCGUAUAAACUGCAUUAUUUCUUUUAUCCAGGGCUUUGGUUCUCGUGUCAUUAAGGUAAAAAAAAAAACUGUGUCUCGUCUCGGCGGCAGCUACAUUCGUACCGGAUAAUCCGCCCGCCCGCCCCGGCGUAUUCGGGUCCUGGCUCUGCUCGCACGCCGUGGGGGAACGCUCGAGAAACCGGGGUGUUCGCCGGAGGUCCAGAGGCCGGGCAAACGGGCUCAGCCCGCCCCGCCUAUGGCGAGGCGGCGGCGGCCUGCCGGACUGGCCAAAGCGGCGGGCUCCGUCGGAAUUUACCACCCGCCUUGGGCUGCAUUCCCAAACAGCCCGACUCUGUAUCGUCACAAGCCCUGUAGUUUAGCUUAGUGUUUACAAUAGCUUUAGCAUUCCUGCUAGCAGCAGCCUCGUAUAUGUUCCAAAAUUCUUUGUGAUGCAGUUUUAAAUGGCUGCUGGGUUAGUGGUUUUGAAUGAGGACGCGUUCUUUCUGCCUCGUGGAACUUGUACGGUACAUGUUUCGCAGAUGGCGAGAGCGUCGUUUUUUUAGUAACAGCCGCCAUAAUAUUCAACUACUUCUUGUCUUGUAACUCCGCCUCCUCAACCCCUCCUCCCUCAGGGGCUUCAGAGAGGGGAGGGGUUGAAGAGGCGGCGUGCUGAAUUCUUCGUUUGAGCACAUUUGGAGGCAAAAUCAAGUAUAUAAUUAUCGGAUUGCAUUAUCGGUUGAAUUUUUUUAUUAUCCGGAUUAUCUGUGUGACGUCAUAAUUGCCAUUAUCGGCCGAUAAUUAUCGGUGACCGAUAUUAUCGUGUAUCUUUAAUAUAUAUAUAUAAAGAAAAAGCCAGAGGCAUGGCGGUCCUACAAUAAAAAUGAAUAAAUAAAUAAAAUCAUGGAAAACUAUAAUUUUAAAAAGAAUGAAAUUAUAACCAAAGAUAACAGGAAAAUAACCAAAUGAAUUCAUUUCUAGGGGAAAAAAAGUCACACAACACAAUAAAAAAUUGUGGAAAAAAUAACCCAUAUAUCAAACCAAAUAGAAAUGAUAUCAGUUUUGUCAAAAGCCAAGGACGUUCCGGGCAAACCUUUGAAUCCUCGGUCUCCUUUGGCUCCCACGAAACCUCGGUCCCCUUGGCGUCCACGAACUCCCUCGUCACCUUUUUGUCCUGCGCAUGCGUCCAAGCGACAUGGUGUCAAGCAGAGUCACUCACCAUCCAUUCGUUCAUACCCACUCAAAAUGGCAGCCAAUGAGUUCCUACUAUGAAAAUACUUGAAACCGUUAUUUAAAAUAAGCAGAAUUUGAUUAAAAAAAAAAUAAUAAUAAUUUAAAAAAUUUAAUUAAAAAAAAAUAAUAAACAUUUUUUUUCUGUUUUUGGCCAUUUUUGUUGGAGCUUUUGUGGCGGUUUUUGCCUUUCUUUUGCCUCUCUUUCUAUAUGGAGUGGCCGUCUAGCGCCAUCCAUUACAGGGACAAAAAAAGUCAAAGUAAUUGAGAUACCUUUGAUUCCCUUUCUUCCCGCGAAGCCGGGAGGACCCCGGAAUCCCGUCAAGCCACGUCUUCCCGGACUUCCCGGACGACCUGUCCGAACGGGGACGUUGACAACCUUUUGACCUUUCGACUUUGGCCGGCGGCGGCAUUCUCACCCGGCGGCCCGCGGUCCCCGCGGUCGCCUUUCGCCCCGCCGCCGUCGACGCAGCGACAGAACCAGGGCGUGUCCUCCGAAGACGUCCCCGCUAGCGUCAACUCCCGGCAG